AUGGCCAAAGUGCUGCAGCAAACAAGACUGAUCAUUUGGGAUGAAUGUACGAUGGCACACAAAAAAUCUUUGGAGGCAUUAGAUCGCUCGAUGCAAGAUUUACGAAAUAACAAAAACCGGUUUGGUGGUGCAAUGAUACUAUUGGCAGGUGAUUUUCGACAAAUAUUGCCAGUUGUUCCACGCUCAACGCCAGCUGAUGAACUGAAUGCCUGUUUGAAGUCGUCCAUUUUAUGGAAAUACAUUAAAACACUUAAAUUAAGUAUAAACAUGAGAGUCGAAUUACAGGAAGACCAGUCUGGAGAAGUGUUUUCCAAACAACUGCUCGAUAUUGGUAAUGGUAUUAUUGCUGUUGAUACAUCAUCUGGAUACAUUACAUUCCCUACCAAUUUUUGUAACUUUUGUGAAUCAAAGACCGAACUCAUGGAGAUGGUUUUCCCAAACAUUGCUCAAAAUUACGUAAAUCACAUUUGGUUAAGCGAACGUGUUAUAUUGGCCGCAAAAAAUGUUGAUGUGAAUGAGAAAAUAGCUGGCGAAUUGAAGAAUUACAAAUCAGUUGAUUCCAUUACUAAUGAAGAUGAAGUUGUCAAUUAUCCAACAGAAUUUUUAAAUUCGCUGGAAUUGCGCGGCUUACCACCUCAUAAUCUGCAAUUAAAAAUCGGAUCAGAUCGUAAGAUUCGUUUGGCCGAGGAAUUCAAGUAG